GCCAGGCGGCCGCCGGGUUUCCUGCUGACGCCGGAGAGCCGCGGAUGGGCAGGAAAGGCCGCCUCUCCUCCCGCCUCGCCCCGCCGGCAGCAGCGCGGAGCGGUCUCCGGGAGAAGCGCGGCGGAGAGGGCGCAGGUGCGGGGCGGGCCCGGCGGCCGCGAGGGCCGGGCGGCCGCGCCGAGGAGAGGGCGCCGGUCAUGGCAGCCCCCGCUUCUUGAAUGCUGCCAGCCGCCCCUCCGCCGCCGAUGGCCGAAGCCUGGAGGCUGGAGGAGGACGAGGAGGAGCUGCGGGAGCUCGGCAGGAGGCACCGGAGGGUCGCGCUGAGCUCAGCAGCAGAUCGCUCAGAAAGAAAUAAACCAGACUGCCGCUCUUCAGGCCAAGGACCCUUGUCAUCCAUAAGAGCGGCAAUCAAGAGAUCACUCAUGAAUAGUGCACAUCCAAAAUGCCCUGUCGAAGAGCUUCUCGGAACUCUAGCCAUAGUGAUCAACAGAGGGAUAGAAGGCGUCCUGAAAUUACAAUAGUUGCUGCUGAACCCCUCCGGCCAUCCUCCUGGUUUCCAGGUGCAAGUCCGGUCACUCCUCAAGGAUUAGGAUUCCCUUCUGCUUCAUCUCAUGCUCAGUGGAGGAGAAAUGAGCAUCUUCCAGCUGAGCUUCCACCAUCGUACGAGCAGGUGAUAAAAGAAAUCAAUCAAGUGCAAGUCAAUACAACAAAUAACAAUAAUGCUGCUGCUCCUAGACAUACCACUACUUCUGCAACACAAACUGACUUUCCAGAGGAACUAAUCAGCCAUUUGCCAGGAAGUAAUGUAAAAACUAGUGUGCCUGCACACUGGGAAUCUGCAGGCUGUCGAGCAGGGCAGAGUCCUCUUAAACCUCCUAGGCCUCCUGCAACUCUUCUGUCUAAGUCUCUUGCAGAAAAUGAGAAUCCUUUAAUAGUCUUUGAAAAUCCUGGAGGUCAGAGGUGCCAAGAAAAUCCCAGUGCUGUGAUAUGUCCUGUGCCAAAACCAAGAUCAAGAAGCAAUCUCAGACCUGUGGUCAAAAGUACUGAAAGUAAGAUAGACAGUGGAGAAGAAGUGAACCAGCCCAAUGCAAAACAGCAGCAACCUCCAAUUCAGCAGUCACCUCUUCUGGAUGAAGACAGCUUACUAGACAAUCACUUGGGGAUGGACAGCAUGAGUGCAGAAAGGAGCCAAAAUAGUAUUGUUUCAAGGAUCAAAGUUUUUGAAUCCCAAGGCACUAAUGAUACCUCAGGAUUAUCAAAAAAGCCAGAAAUUGCCCCUCGUUCAUUUGUUCCAAGAUCUGUUGCCACUAAGAAGCCAGUGAUUGCUCCAAAGCCAGGGGUAGGCAGAGUUUCAGAAGAGUGGGAUGCAUGGACUGAAAGCAAAUCAACACCUUCCAAGGAAUUGCAGCCUCAGCCUGAAAUAGUUGGGAGCAGUGUUGUAACCAAACCUGAACUGCCAAAGAAGCCAAAACCCAGCCUUGUUAAAAGUAGCAGUAGUGAUUUUCUUGAUGCAAGGAGUGGAUCACUUGCAGAAAACAGCGAUGGACAAAAGAGAUUUCCUGUUCCUGCUCCAAGGCCUCUUGUUCCUAAGAAGUCAUGUUACUCAGAAAAUCCUGCCCUUUCUUUGGCCUCACUAAAACCAGUUGCUGCUCCUCCACGGCCUUCUGUAUCUGCCCAAGACAAGGUUUUAAAGUCUCUGGGGGAAUUAUCCCCGGCAGCCAGCUCCCCAGCACCUGCUUUGCAAAAUAUACUAGAUGUGGAAGGAGAUCUGAUCAGUUUUGAUGAUGAUGUUUUGCCCCUAAGUCCAGCCUGUGUAGUUAAAGAUAGCAUCGGUUCUGAAGCAGCAGCAGAUCCGUUUCAGCUCCUUACGAAAAGUGAACCUGCCAAGGAACAGACGGCUCAGCCAGGUUUGGCUCGGAAACCCACUGUAAUCCGAAUCCCAGCUAAACCUGGGAAAUCUUUAAAUGACAACCCACAUAGCCCUCCUCCACUUCCUGCUGAAAAGCCUAUUGGGAACACAUCCAAUAUCACAGUGGGAAAACCCAGCAGUGGUGACCUAGUGAAAAAAGGGGAGUUGGAUCACUCAGAACAAGGUGGAGUGCCUCAGCUAGAACCUCUACUACCCCCAAGGCCUGUGGAUGGAAAAAUUGUACCUGCUCGACCUCCCCCACCUAAAAGUGUUCCUGGAAGGCCACCUCCACCAAAAUUCUCUGCAGCCAAGACCUCCUCCCAGAAGGAUGUUCUGUCGCGAUCUAGUUCGGACAUCGCUUCUGAUAAAAAAAACAACAAGUUCAAGUUGGGACCCAAGAGAACAAAAAGUGCAGUCUUUAAAAAUCCAGAUCCAGCAUUACCUCCUAGACCUAAACCAGGUCAUCCUCUCUACAAUAAAUACAUGCUGCCUGUGCCUCAUGGAGUUGCCAAGGAAGAUUGUCUUCCCAGGAACACUGGAGAGCUGUCCUGUAAGGAUUCAAACCACCCUCCAAAGGUUUCUGACACAAGUGCACCUCAUGCUGUAGUCCUGCAUGAUUUUCCUGCAGAGCAUGCUGAUGACUUGGACCUUCAUUCUGGGGACACUGUUUGUCUUUUGGAGAAAAUUGAUACUGAGUGGUACAGAGGAAAAUGUGGGAAUCGCACAGGGAUAUUUCCUGCCAACUUUGUUAAAGUGGUUAUUGAUGUUCCAGAAGAAGCCAACAAGAAAAAAAUACCCUCUUCAUCACGAUGUAUCAAAGGUCCAAGGUGUGUAGCACGAUUUGAAUACAUUGGAGAUCAGAAAGAUGAGCUCAGUUUUUCAGAAGGUGAAACUAUUAUCCUGAAAGAAUAUGUAAAUGAAGAGUGGGCCAAAGGAGAGCUCAGAGGCACGUCUGGAAUUUUCCCCUUGAACUUUGUGGAAGUAAUUGAAGACCUGCCUGGAACAGGUACAGAAACAGCACUGAAGAAUAAGGUGGAGGUUUUGUCUUCCCUUCCUCAGAGCAACAGACGCUCACUGGAGUGGUGUGAAGCGCUUCAUGAUUUUACAGCAGAAACCAAAGAUGAUCUAUCCUUCAGAAAGGGAGACUGCAUCCAGAUACUGGAACAAGUCGAUUUGGAGUGGUAUAGAGGAAGACUGAAUGGAAAGGAAGGGAUUUUCCCAGCAGUUUUUGUUCAGACCUGCACAGCCAGGGUAGAGCUGGCACAGCCUGGAGGAGGGAAGAAAGGAAAAGCCAAAGCUCUUUAUGAUUUUCAUGGAGAAAAUGAAGAUGAGCUUUCCUUCAAAGCAGGUGACAUGAUAACAGAGCUGGAAUCUGUAGACGAGGACUGGAUGAGUGGAGAGAUACUAGGAAAGUCUGGGAUAUUUCCCAGGAACUUUGUUCAGAUUUUAAAAACACCAUGAAGUGUUGCCUUUCUACUACUCCCUGCGUGUGGGAGAGAAUGUUUUCUACCCUAAAGGCACAGCAAAGACAUCAACGAGUGUUGAUUAUCAAUGUUUUGCACUACUUUUUCUAGACAGUCAUAGUAGUAUCUUGAAGUCAGAUAAGAAAAUUUGAGUCUUUUGUGACAGUGUAUGUUAUCAUGUUUCAUGAAUGCUCAGAGAGCAAAACAAGCAGGCUUUUUGGCCAUUUCCAACUAGGGAAGUACUGUGGUGCAACACCAUUUUAACUUAUAUAGCAUUCUAGUAUGUUUACUCUCUGGUAUUAUAUUUAUCAUGCACAAAGUCUGCAUAACAUAAGCUGCUUUGGCCUUCUUUGAACUUCUUAAGAUCCAAACUUUUUAAAUUGUUUUAAUAUGUAAUUACAGCACUCAGUAUGUAGAUGAAGUUUGAUAUUCAGGUUUCAUUACUGCUUGAGUUCCACAUUAGCAGUAGAAUCCACUUGUUUUAUGACUUAGAGGAUAAGAAAAAUGACUGGUAUUUCAUAGUAGAAAGGUAUCGAAUCUAAUACUGGUAAGAGGGGAAAUGGAGAAAUAAAUCCUUGUAUAGUAUCCUUCUGUUCUUAGCCCAAGCUGCUCAUACAGCAAGAUCACAAAAGUAAGAUUUUUAAGUAUUUUGCCUCUUAAUGAAUUCUGUUUAAAUCAGUACGAAUCAUCUUAGACCUUCCUCACUUUUCCCCAAAAUACUUUGCAAGUACAGGUUUAGUUUUCUCCUACUGUCCACUGUUCUUAGAGCACCAUCAUUCCCUUUUUUCCAGCUGAAGUUAGUGACAGACAGUGUCUAUGGAGCUUUCUCAGAUCCCAGCCAUGGAGUAGCUGCACUAUUCCAACUAUUUGCCCCUCCACUCCCCUCAUGGAAGUGGAAAGCCAGUGUUCACCCAGUCUGCAUUUUAUUUGUCACUGAAGCACUGGAACAUACUUCAGCAACACUAUUCCUAUCCUUAACAUGAAGGAUAUUAUAGAGCCUUGGGUUUAGUUUUCAGCAGACGUGGGAUUAGUUUCCAGUUUGUUGCCACAUACCAAAUACACUGAGCAUCCUUAUAAACUGCCUGUGGAGGCCUUAAGGAAAACAUGCCUGGCAAGAGGUUACUCCAAGCAGCUCUCACCAAGGCACUUGCUACAGAGCAGCAGUGUAGCUGGACUGACCAGCUAAGAAGGAUGUGAUUGAGGUAGUUUCACAUUAUAGGAACUUCUGGUAGUCAGUCCCUUUUUGUAACAGCAAGGAAUGGGCAUCCAGUCCCAUGGCAGACUGGAGCUCACCAGGAGCGAGCCUGAGCGCCUCAGCACCAUUCACCCAGCAGUCACUGCCAGGCCACACAACCUGCACAGACAGAGUCAGCCCCGCUUUGUGUGCUGCUCUGUGUUUAAACUACACCAGUACCCCCUCACACAACUGGGGCAUGAUAAUCACACAAAGUUUUAAUGAGCUGAGGAGCUGGACUUCUACUUCCAAUAGGGAUUAACAUAAGCAAAAUACUGUUAUGUGCUGUUCUGGAAGGCUGGAAAUGCAACAAUGGCUACAGCUGUUACUCAGCAGCCCCAGCAAGUCUAUCCAGAACUCUUGGGGAAUAAUCAUGUGGCAGUCCACAGCCAAAGACAAUCCUUCUCACUCUCCCAAGUUUUCCUGUUAGGAGAUUCUAAAGAUUGUUUAUUCCAAAAACAACAGUCAUGUCCUAAAGAAAUCCAAGGAAUUGCCAGGUCCUUCAAAGACACACCACACCAGUGUGGUUGGCAGAUAAGGCUGAAGUGUAUGAUGUUUACUUACUGUUUGUCUGGCAGUUUUCUAAGGUUUUGAUACAAGUCUCAAAAGUAGAACUGAUUUUUUUAUAUUUUUUUUUCAAUUUCCUCUUUCCCAUUUUUAUAACUGUGUCUUAACCAGUUGUUUUUGUAACUUCACUGAAUGUUCAGAGUCAGUGCCUGUUCAUUGCCAAGACCACUCUGCUGUAUGUGAUCUCCUCCUCCCCCUGGGGCAGGGCAGGAGUAGCAGCAAGGCCUUUACUCAGAGCACCGAGUGCCAUCUAAGGGCUGCUCGUGUGGCUGCAGGCAGCUGAAACGCGUCCGUGUGACGCUGCAGCAAGGGAGAUGCUCGGCUUGUACAGGGCAGGAUUCUCCUAAGACAGUGCCCAACACCACCGUAAGACUGCAUACAGACCACAACAGAGGAUUCCUAAGGUGUACAAAAAAGCCGAGACUGAGGUGGAGUGCAAAUCUUAACUGCAAUGUAGUAGCAAAUUCCAGCUGUAACCUUGAAAUCCUGCUAUAUCUCCAUGCAUUAGAAUAAAAGCCUCACUUACCAAAAUAUUUUGUUUGACCCAUCCUCUAGAAAUAUCUUCAGGAAGAUAUCUUUGUUCUGUGUACAAUGAACAGUGUCCUAAAUAAACCUUUGUUAAGUCAAGUAAGUUUGUUAUGGUACCUCUGUAAAUUAAGAAUGUAUUUAACCAAUAAAAUUUUUAUAAUUAAGUCA